UGGCUAUGAAAAGCCAACUGACAUUUACUCCUGAGGUGCUGACCUGUUGCACCCUCUACAACCACUGUGAUUAUUAUUAUUUGACCCUGCUGGUCAUCUAAGAACGUUUGAACAUCUUGGCCAUAUACUGUUAUAAUCUCAACCUGGCACAGCCAGAUGAGGAUUGUCCACCCCUCAGAGCCUGGUUCCUCUCCAGGUUUCUUCCUAGGUUCUGGUCUUUCUAUUAUGUUUUUGCUAGCCACCGUGCUUCUACAGCUGCAUUGCUUGUUGUUUGGUGUUUUAGGCUGGGUUUCUGUAUAGCACUUUGUGACAUCGGCUGAUGUAAAAAGGGCUUUAUAAAUACAUUUGAUUGAUUGAGAGAUUGACUAACUAAACAUCCAUUGUUCAAUGUGCCAAACUCACACAAGUUACCUCGCAGGAAAAAAUACAUACUGAAAUAAGCCAAUUAUGUUUGAGUGAUGUGGACCCAAGCACUUUGUCUACUAAAGGCUUUUUGUCAAUGAAACCUAAUGAUAUCCAUGUUUUAUAUUACCCACCCACACUCUGUGUGAUGUGUGGGGGUGUUAAUGGGUUGUCAAUGCUCAGUAGAAAUAGAUAUUUUGUAAGUGAUCCUGUGGCUACCAGGGUUUUAGAUGUGGACACUUACGUAAAUUACAUUUGACUUUGUAGUCAUUUACUGUAGCAGAUGCUCUUAUUUAAGAUACUCUUUGAAAAGCAAGGGUUUCAGAUGUUUUCAGAAGAUGGGCAGGGACUCUGCUGUUCUAGGUUUAGGUGUAGAAGGGCCAAGUGACCAGAGUUGGCAGAAAGUGGUGCUAGAGUUGCAGUUGUCCAGGCCGGGGAUGUCUGUGGCCCUUCCUCUGUGAGGUAUGGUCAUAACCUACGAAUGUUGUAGAGCAUGAACAUGCAGGACCGAGUCACUGCUUUGAUGUUUGCAGAGCACAUGUUGGCCAGGGUCAUGCCAAGGCUUUUUUAACUCUGGGAGGGGGACACUGUGGAGUUGAUCCUCUCCACUACACCUGGUAGGAGCGGCCUGCCAGGUAGAAUGCAAUCCAAGAGUGUGCAGAACCUGAGACACCCAGCCCUGAGAGGGUGGAGAGGAGGAUUGGAUGGUUCACAGUGUCAAAGGCAGCGGAUAGAUCUAGGAGGAUGAGAACAGUUGAGAGAGAGUCAACUUUGGCAGUGAGGAGAGUCUCAUUGACACAGAGAAGAGCAGUCUGGGUUGAGUGACCCGUCCUGAAGCCUGGUUAGGGUAGCGAGAGAGAUGAUCAAAGACAGCAUGCUCAAGUGUUUUGAAAAGAAAGAAGGAAUACCGGUCUGUAGUUUGAGUCAGAGUGUUGUUGUUUUUUAAAGGGGAAUGACUGCCAGUCGUCAGGGAUAAGGUAAGUGAGGAAAGUGAGGAAUGGGAGAAAGUCUCCAGGGAAGGGAAGAGGUGAUGGGGUCAAGUGGGCAGGUUCUCGGGUGGACGGACCUCGCUAGUCGCAAGAUUUCAUCUGGAGAGAGAGGGGAGAAAGAGGUCAAGGCGCAGGGUAGUUCUGUGUGAGAGUGAACAGUGGAUUCAAUAGGCUGAGUGAAUGAGGAGCAGAUGUCGUUAAACUUCUUUUCAAAGAGGUUGACAAAGUCGUCCGCAGAGAGGGAGGAGGGAAAGGGAGGGGCGGAGGAUGAAGGAGGGAGGAGAAGGUGGAAAAGAGUUUUCUCGGGUUAGAAGGUUAUAAUUUAGAGUAAUACAAAGCGCAUACAGAGCAACAGAAGGUAGAGAGGAGGGAGUGGAAGGUUGAUAGGUCCUCUGGAAAUGUAGUUUCCCUCCAUUUUCACUCAGCUGCCCGCAACCCUGUUCUGGAAGCAGUGAGCCACUCAGACAAUGUUUCAGGAGGGGAGGGCCAAGACGGGUAGGAGGAAAGGGGACAGUGCGAGUCAUAGGAUGCGGGAAGUGAUGAGAGUAGGGUUGAAGAGGCAGAAUCAGGAGAGAGGAGGGAGAAGGGUUUAGCAGAAGGGAGAGUUGAUAGGAUAAAUGAGGAGAAAGUAGUGGGAGAGAGAGAGUGAAUAUUGCGACAUGGUGCAUGACCAUCUGGGUAGGGGCUGAGUGGCUAGGGUUGGACAGAAAAGGAAAAUAGUGAUCAGAGACGUGGAGGGGGUUGCAGUGAGAUUAGUAGGCGAACAGCAUCUUGUAAAGAUGAGGUCAAGCAUAUUGCCAGCCUUGUAUGUGGGAGGGGACUGGCAAAGGGUGAGGUCAAAAGAGGCAAGAAGGGGAAACAGAGUUGGAAAGAAAUUACUUGAAGGCAGAUGUCAAGAGGUUGGUCUCCAGGGAACGAGUGACAGUGACAGCAUGGAAUUCAAAUGAGGAGAUGGACAGGACCUAGUACGAGCCGGUGGUCAACUCCAGGGAAAGAGCCUCCGUUUGGGCUUUGCUGACCUUGCUCCAUCCACUAUCUCUGGUCCUCCACCUAGUUCUUUGGAUCUCCUGACAACACCACUCUCUCGACUCUUCCCGUUGACACGGCACUAUACCCAGGGGUGCUAACCCUGUCCAUCUCCAUCUCUGGUUCCCUGGACCCACCUCUCCCUCACCUCUCCCCCAGCAACCCUUCCCCUCCCUGGUCCGAGAUAUAGAUGUCUGUGCCCUCGGCCUUGGAGUUCCACUGGCAGAGCCUGGCUCGGCUGCCAAGCGGGCGUGUCUACCACUCCCUGGCGGAGGUGGGGGGGCAGAUGUACAUGCUGGGGGGCUGUGAUGCUGCAGGGAGGCCCUCCCCAGCCCUGGAACUCUACUCUCCAGAGGAGGACCAGUGGUUAAGCUUGCCCCCCAUGCCCACCCCUCGGGUGGGUGCGGCAGUGGCGGUGCUGGGCAAGCAGAUCCUGGUGGUGGGUGGUGUGGGGGAGGACCAGCGCCCUCUCAAGGUUGUGGAGGUGUACAACACAGAGGAGGGGAGGUGGAGGAAGAGGAGCGCCCUCAGAGAAGCACUGAUGGGGGUGGCCGUCACUGUAAAAGAUGGGCGUGCGUUGGCAGUGGGUGGUAUGGGUUCAGACCUGCUCCCUCGUAGUAUACUACAGCAGUAUGACCUGAGGAAGAAUGUGUGGGCACUACUGCCCCCUAUGCCCACACCGCGAUAUGAUGCUACAGCACACCUACUGGGCAACAAGAUCUACGUGGCAGGUGGGCGUCAGUGUAAGCGCACGUUGAAGGUCUUUGAGGUAUUUGAUUCAGAGACACGGUCCUGGAGUACACUACCCAACAUGCCGUGUAAACAUUCGUACGGUGGCGUGUUCUGGGACAGUUCGGGGAGGCUGUGUCUGCUGGGCGGGCUAAGGAAGGGAGGGGGCCACCAGAGCUCCAAGUUCACCAAGAAUGUCAACAUCUUUGAUACUAACCAGGGGUUGUGGUUGAAGUCAGAAGACACGGUGGCCAUGAAGACUAAGAGGGCUGACUUUGCCUCAUCUUUCCUCAGUGGCAGGAUGGUCGUAGCAGGAGGACUCGGUCACCAGCCUUCAGUUCUGGACACGGUGGAAGCCUUCCACCCUCAGAAGAGGAAGUGGGAGAGACUGGCUCCCAUGGCAAUGGCGCGAUGCUCUGCCUCGUCCAUCGUCAUCAGGGACCGCUUGCUGGUGGUGGGAGGAGUCAACCAGGUCCCUAGUUCAGCCCAUGAGAUCCUGUAUGUGAAAGAGGAGUGUCUGUAGGCUAGAGGACAUGAGCCUUACAGGAUGAUUGACAGCAGGAUGACCACAAGAAGAUUCUGAAUUCUAGAACAUUCUAUUCAAAAUCAGUGGUUACAGUGCUUUCAUAAUGGCUGCUGGUCUGGGACAAGUGCAAUAUGUUUCCUAAGAUCUACAGAGGAAAAGAAAGGAUGGGGAAAUAAUGCCACAAACACAGAACAGUGCCCUCUCCUGGGUUGUCUAUGCACACUCAACUCCAACACACAGUGAGAGAACUGAUAUCACACAGGCUACACACACAGAGAAUAGAUCCCAAUUAUCACCAUACUGACUCACAUCGUACAAAAUAUUCUACACCAGGGAUGGCCAACUUUGAUGGGCGUAGGCCCACUAAAAAUCUGAACUCAUCAUGAGGGGCUGUAGUUACUCGCGGGUCUGCGUACCCACGUGGGCACAACCACAUUUCGAAAUUGCGCCUUGUGUAUUCUAAAAAAAAAAGGUAGCCAGUUGCACAUCCCGGUUCUACACACACGAGGAGCUGGCUUUCUCUGUAAAUAAGUUAUUCAGAAGAGUUUUAGUAAUGUAAAGAUUCCUCUUCACUGUGUGUGAUCUCCCUAUAGAGAUUCUCAAAGUAUUCAAUAUUUUUUUUACUUUUGCAUCUAUUGUUGUAGAUUUACUGCUUGCCUUGCCUUAAAUGUUUUUAACUGGACAUAUAGAUGUGAUCUUAACAGGGAGUAAAGACUAGAGCAAGGUAAUACAUUUUGUAUUGUUACUGAGAUAAAUACUGUUUAUUUGUUGUGUAUGAAAUGUGUGCAGUUUGUCAACAGUUUGAUAUUCCCUACUGUAGAUGCAAGUGACAUGUUAGUGUACACCCAUCUCUAAGACCUAAGUUAGCCAACUCCGGACAUACAGUACAGUACAGUAUGCAGUCGCUUGGAAGAGCAUGAAGACAUGCACUUAACUGGAGUGUGCAUAUAGCAUGCAUGCAGACAUAGCAUGCAUAUAUCUGGAGCAAGUCAAAAUAAUGUAUAUGAAUUAACUGCACUACUGAAACAGAGUGUGCAAUCAUCAGGAGUUGACUAUACCCACUGAUGGAGGCCGCUGAGGGGAGGACUGGAAUGGCUGGAAUGGACAGAAUGUAUUGGUAUCAAACACAACCAUGAUACCAUUCCAUUUACUCCAUUCCAGCCAUUAUUAUGAUCCAUCCUCCCAUCAGCAGCCUCCACUGAAACCUACAUAUUUGAAUGGGUUGCCUAUGGAUUGCUAUGGCAAUAGGAAUUAUAUAGGUGUGAGAAGGUUAAUCAUGUCAUGUCUGGUUUAAAGUAUAUAUCAAAUGAUGUAUGUUCUUUAAUCCUAUUUAAGAUCUGUUGCUCUUUUUAAAAUCCCCAUUUAAAAAAUAUAUGUUAUACUCGUGAUUACAUGCAAUACUGGUUUUCGGUUCAUCUGUUUUGGUUUGUAAUUAGUGCACUGUGUAUUGACAAUUGAUUUCUGUCAAAUGUACGUAUUAAUGAAUAGCUUCAUUCUCAGGAUGUUAUUAAAAAGCACAAACUACUGGAUGAAUACUUCUACAGUAAGUAUGGCUUCAAUGAGGUAUUCUUCUAACUUGAUUAGAAAGUAAAACAAAAGAAGCUUAACAAAAUAAUUCCAUGGAGUGCAUCCACUUCCGACCUGUAUGUAGAAUUCUUCUAUAUCAUUCUUGUUUCAUUCUUAUUCUGUACUGUUAGAUUUCAGUGCAGCCUUUUAUAUUAUUGUCCAUAACCUGUUGUUAAGGAAACUUUUCAUCCUCUGCCAUAUCAUGGAUUCAGAGCUACAAUGAAUUCGGAAAGUAUUCAGACACCUUGACUUUUUCCACAUUUCGUUACAUUACAGUCUUAUUCUAAAAAGGAUUCAAUUGUUUUUUUUGCGCUCAUCAACCUACACACAAUACCUCAUAAUCACAAAGCAAAAACAGGGUUUUAGAAACGUUUGCAAAUGUAUUAAACAUAUAUAAACAGAAAUACCUUAUUUACAUAAGUAUUCAGACCCUUUGCUCUGAGACUCAAAAUUGAGCUCAGGUGCAUCCUGUUUCCAUUGAUCAUCCUUGAGAUCUUUCUACAACUUGAUUGGAGUCCACCUGUGGUAAAUUCAGUUGAUUGGAUAUGAUUUGGAAAGACACACCUGUUUAUAUAAGGUCUACAGUUGACAGUGCAUGUCAGAGCAAAAACCAAGCCAUGAGGUUGAAGGAAUUGUCCGUAGAGGUCCGAGACAGGACUGUGUCGAGGCACAGAUCUGGGAGAGGGUACCAAAAAUAUCUGCAGUAUUUUUUGGUACCUUCAGCAAAGGGUGGCUACUUUGAAAAAUCACAAAUAUAAUAUAUAUUCCUCAUAAAGCUGGUUGAGAGAAUGCCAAGAGUGUGCAAAGCUGUCAUCAAGGCAGAGGGUGGCUACUUUGAAGAAUCUUUGUUUAACACUUUUUUGGUUACUUCAUGAUUCCAUAUGUGUUAUUUCAUAGUGUUAAUGUCUUCACUAUUAUUCUACAAUGCAAAAAAUAGUAAAAAAUAAAGAAAAAACCUUGAA